AUGGAAGUGCUGACCAGUCUGUCAGAGCCAAUCAACAAAACAUUCGACCGGCAUUCAGAGAAUGUGGAACUAGGAGAACGUGCAAGAAGAAAUGAAGAUCGUAAACGCUUCUACAUAAAGGUUCUCAUUUUAUUUCUCAUCCAACUGUGUAUUAUGAUAUUUGUAUUCUUUACAUUUCAUUAUAUUUCAGUUAUAAAACAAUGGAUAGGUGGACAUCUCUGGUUAAUGUACUUUUUAGGCUUAGUGAAUGGCUACAAUGUGAUUAUUCUACUGAGAGUCCCAACAAUUGAACGCUUUUUCCCAUUUAACGCGAUAACACUGAGUAUUUUUGCGUUAUUUCAUUCAAUUAUUGUGGCGCAAUUAACAUCGGAAACGGAUGCAUUCACUAAAAGCUUAUCAUUCUUCUUUAUCCUAAUCACAUCGACAGUUAUCUUUGUCUUCACAACACGAUAUUCACAUGAUAUAACCGAUUACUUUGAUCAGUAUUUCUAUGUAUUUACAAUACCAUUGGUAUUGAUGCCAGCCUUCAUUGUGGUGUUCGCGGUUAAAGGUUUUGAAAUAAUGUUAACUAAAGUGUUUAUGGCAUUCGCCUCAAUACACUUUCUAUUUUUCUUGAGUAUUACAGCUCAAACUCUGCAAGGCGGUCAUUCCAUUGAAGUUGACCAGCAAGAUUAUGUUCUAGGCUCAAUGCAAAUAUUUACGGAAAUUAUUUGUUCAUCUUUAUCAGUGACAGCAUUAUCUGAUGGAAGCACGUCAAGUGAAUAUUAUUGGUUUACAACAAUAUUUUUAAUAUUCAAUAUUCAACUAGCUUAUUUUUUUAUUCUUGCGUCACACCCUACUCUUACUAUCAUUAUUAUUUGGUGCUGUUUUAACGCGUUUGAAUUCAACAGUAACGAUAAAAAUACAAAAUGGGUGGAGACGACAAAAAACAUGGCAGUGGCUCUAAAGAUCAUAAAAAAGAGCAUAAAGAUCAUCAUAAAGAUGGUUCCAAAGAACACAAAAAAGAUCAUAAAAAGCGAUCAGGUUCAGGGAAACGCUCUAGUUCAUCAUCAUCGUAAGCAGCAAGAUUAUAUUUAUAACAAACUAAUUCAUGAAAUUGAGAUAACUACAAAAGCUAAAAUUAACUCUACUAAAGACUAA